AUGCUGAAUCCCGAGCAUGCGGUUCCCCUUCUGCACAGCCAGCCAUUAACUGAAUUGAAGCCUCUUCCUUCCCUCCUCCCGCCCGACGUCACUUUCCAUCAGAACUGGUAUAACGACAGUCCGAGCGGACGCACUGACGCCGACCUGCUUCCUUAUCCCUUUUCGCUACCCCCGCGGCAAGACUCCCACAUCCAUUUCGCCGGGUCUCAGACCACACUCAUCAAUACGGUACCGGAGACGAACACAUUCCACCACAGAAAUACCAAUUUUGCUUACGAUUUUCUGGACAAGCCAGGAGAGGCGCAGGCGUUCGGUGAGGCUGGUCAAUACCCCGAUCUAUUCAUCGUACCUACACCACUCGCGGGUACUCCGCCCAUUAGCUUCCGACCUACAGGCUCCCCGAUUUCAUCUUCAUCCUCCUCAUCAUCUUCCUCAUCCGCCUCUUCAGUAGCUGCGUCACCGAAUCAGCAGAUGCUCCUGGCCGGUGACCCCUCCAUGGCCUUCAGUGAGGUCUGGGGAUUGUCAGGCAGGGAGCAGCAGCAGCAGCAACAUCAACAGAACACGGAACCUCCUGAUUGGCCAGUCAGCGCUCCCUUUAAAGCCACACCGGCCAACGUUAUGUCACAGUUUGAAGUUGUUACAACCUAG